AUGGUAGAUGAUAACUCAAGAUCUAAGGAAGGACUAGUGAUUGAAGAUGUUGAAUCAAUGACAAUACAAGGUGUUGCUCCUAAGGAUACAAAAACAAAAUUGGGGUCAAUGUCAAUUGAUCAAUUUCUUAAAGAAAAUGGAAGCGCUGAUGAUGAAGACAAAAAUAUUCAAAAUGGAAGUGAGGAGGCGGAACAAUAUGUUGGAGAUGGAAAUACAUACCAAGAUGAAGAUGGUGAAUUGAAUGAAAAAGAAGGGACAAAGAAGAAAAGAACAAGAGGACCAACUCAAUGCUUAGCAAUACACGGAAGAUCAAUGCAAGACCGUCCAGAAGUUGUAUUGGAUGCAGAUGGAGAACCUAUUGGUUUGAUUGACAAAAUUGUAACUGACUUGAGUUAUUUCCUUGGCACAAUAGCGAGGAAUUCAACCUUUUGUCCCUUGAUUUACACAAGUUUCAAAGCUUUACUCAAAGAUAAAGAUAAUAAGGCUCAUAUAUGGACAUAUGUUCUGGAAAAGUUCAAUAUUAGUGAUAAAGGAGAGAAAGCCGUAUUUACUCGUAUAAAUGAUGCAUGGAGACGCUACAAAAGUUUUAUCAAGAAAAAACACUUUUCAAAGUACUCCACAUUGAAGGAUCGGCUAAAACAUCGUCCUUUAUUCCUUUCUGAAGCUCAUUUCAAGCAAUUGCUCAAAUAUUGGAACAUUAGUAUUAUCCAGCGUACCAAGAAAGAGGUAGGAGAAAAAGUUACUCAAGCUGAAAUGUUUAUUACAACUCGUCAACGUCGAGAAGGCCGAAAAGGAAAAGAAUUGGAUGAAGAAACACAUAAUGCUAUUAUUAAGCUUCAAGGUUCCAUUCAAAACUCAAGUGAUUCUGUAGAACAAACAUUUAAAUCACUGUUUGGAAAAGAAAAGCCUGGAAGGGUACGUUGUUACAGAAAGACUAUGAAACCAUCACAAUUUAGGAAAAAUGAAGAAAUUGCUGCCAUCAAGAAAGAACAUGCAAACGCAAUUAGUGGUAUGGAAAAGAAAAUACAAGAUCUACGAGCAAUUGUAAAUUUUGUGGUAAGGCAACAAAAUCCAGAUUUAGAUGAAAAGGACUUAAAUAAUAUGAUGGCACACGUUUUAGGUAAAGAAAGUAGUGCAACAGGGCCAUAUUCAUCUGAAUCAACCGAUGAUCUACAGCUAGAAGACAAUGAAGAUCAUGAAGACAAUGAAGGCUAUGAAGAUUAUGAAGACAAUCUUAUAGAAUAA